GGAUACGUCUCUUUUAUUCCGCUCACUUCCGCGCGAGACUAUGGGUUGUUUUCAUUGUGUAGCAUAUUCGAACUAAAAUGGAUGAUUCUAGUAUAUUUUAUUUAGCAUUAAUAGCAGCAACGUUUCACAUGGCAACCGGUCCCAUUUCAAAGACAGCAAGUAUUAUAAGGAUAAUUAACGUUUUACCUAGAAACGAACGGGAAUAUAAAGAGCUGACGAAGGACAUUACCUGUAACGAUACAUGUGAUAAUGGAGAGGUGCAGUAUCCUCAUUAUGUACCCAGCAGUACGGGUAAUGUUAUGUACAUAGUGUGUGCUUGUAAACAGCCAGUCUUUGGUUAUUGUCUAGAGUAUAAUGAAGGUAGUAAAACAUACAACAAAACUACGGUGAAGAGUGCACGACUUACAAACUGUCUCCUUGCGAACCAGUGUACAAUUCCACAGACAGCUAUUUGUGGUUUGAAUGUUUUGAGAGAAUUGCGCAUAUGCUAUCCCCUAGACAACAAAUAGCAGAAAUAGAAUAUUAUAGAAAACAAGGGGACAAUUCAUCUUGUGAACAGAAUGAAGAUGCUGUGUCGCAUUGGCGCAUUGGUUUUUAUGCUUUACUUGGGAUUUCAUUGUUGGAGGGUGUUUUGGUUGUCUGUUGUUGCAGAGCUCUUCGUACACAUAUUAUAUGUAAAUGCUUUAAAAGUCCCAAGAGAAACGACAGUAAUGCUUCUAAUCAGGAAGAAGUGGAUUCUACACCCUUAAACGUGGUCGACACACGUCAACUGAAUGAUCUACCUGCAUCCUCACUUGAGAUGCCAAACAGUUUUCCUGAACAACAAAAUUGUUCACGCAGCAGCACUUCAUCUGUACAUAGGCAAGCCGUGGAUGCAGGAGAAAUAUCUGCUAAUGUUCCAUAUUCAGAGGAUUUAGUGGUAGAUAUUGACAGAGACUGACAUCCGACUUUCCAGAUCACCUGUGAUUUUCUGGAUACUGUUAUGAUGAACUGCUCCUGCGAAGUUGAUGUGAUCUAACUCUCCAGAUAGAAAUACUAUACUGUGACAUAAAUUAUGUUUAAAUAAUUAUAUUUAUUUUUUUUAACGAGUUUACAUGUAAUUUCAGAAAUAUUAUUUUAUUAAUAAAUAAACUUUAAUUAAUUUUUCCUGA